AUGUAUACAGGCAAUAGAUAAAGUGGUUUUAAUAUAAACGCUAAUAAUGAAGAGUAAGUAAGGGGAUUUGGAAUAAAUAGUGAAGGAAAAAUACCAAAAAAAAAGAAUAAUUUCACACCAUAACAAAUUUCAGAUUAAGAAAUGCAAAAAUAUCUAAAUUAACAAAGAUUAAAUGACUUCAGAAAUGAAGAGUUUAAUUUUUAGUCCUAACUCAAUAAUAGUUAGCAAAAAGGCUUUCAAACAAAGAAUAAUGAUGAUGAUUAAAAAAAUAAAGAUAAAGGAAAAAAAAAUAGAAAUCAUGGAUACAAUAAUGUCUAAAAUCGUAAAAAUGAUGAUAAUGAUUAAAGAAAAAAAGAGAAAAGAUCAAAAAGUAGAAAUAAGACAGGUUAAAGCAGCUAUGAUUACAAUGCAAUAAAUAAGUAAUAAUAAAACAAUAGAAUGCAUUCAUCUUUACUAAAUAAUUAGCGAAGUCAAUAAUUAAAUUCGACUGGCAUUCAAUAAUAUAGAAACCUAAAUACAAAAAGCUACUUAAAUAAUUAAAUAGAUGAAUAAUAAUAGUAAUAUUUUUAUAGAUAACAAAAUGACAAUCUAUAACCAUAAUAACAGACAAAAAAUCCAAAUUAGAAUUCUAGAUUAAGGAAAUAAAAUAAAUCUGAUAGAAUGAAUUUUUAGUAAUUUAAAUCAUUAAUUCAAAAAGAUUCAUAAGAAUUAAUUGAUUUCUUUUCCUAAUUUUAAGAUGUAAAAUAAUGUUUACCUGAAAUCAAAUAAAUCGAUGGAUAUACAAUUCUUUUUGAUUUAUGUGAACGUAUGAUGUAUUAUGAUGAAUAAAAUUAAGACAGCUAAAUUAGAGAAUAUUUAAAAUCUAUUCUAUUAUCUGAUCAAUUUAAAAAAUCUAUUUCCUGGAUUCUGGCUGAUUUUUAUGAAAUGGAAAUAAAUCUUAAAAAAAAAAUACUUGAGAAUUAUGCAAGAAUUUUUAUUUACAUUAAAGAUUACUUAAAUCCUGUUGAAUAUGAAAAAGAAAUAAAAAUUUACCUUAACUCAAUGUUAAAAGUAUUUAAAAUAGAACGAAUUAAUAACAAUUUUUUAUAAAGAGAAUUUAUAGAAUUAGAGAAAUGGGUAUAAGAUUAAGAAUAAAAAAAAUAAUAAAUUUAGUAUAAGAGAUUAAUAUAAUAAUUUAGACCAUAAUAGCAAUAAAUUACACCUUUAAGCGAAAUAGAUAUAAGUAGUGAAAAUAUUUUUGUUAUACCAAAUAGAGAAGAGUUUGCUAAUAACUUGUAGAACACAAACAGAUAUUCUGUAGUUCCUAUUAAAGGAUCAUAUAUUAGUAGAUAUGUAUAUUUGAUGAAUAAUUUCUUCCUCUUAAGAGAAGAUUUUUUCAAAGAAAUAAAAUUAUCUUUAUCAACCUUAAUUCAAAAUGGAAUGUUAGAUCAUCAAAAAUUAGAUAAAAACAUAUAAGGGGUUUUUUAUAUUUAUUGUAAUAGCAUUAUUAAAGAUAUCUAAUUUGAUAGAGCAGGCAUAUUUUUCACUAUCAAUACCUAACCCUUAUUCAUAAGAAACAAAAAGAACUAUAAAUGGGAUGAUUCAAGAAGAUUAAUGAAUGGGUCUUUGCUUAUUUUGACAAAUGAUAAAUUUGACAAAUUUUUUUAUCUUGUUGUUAAAAGAAAAGCUAAAAAUAUAGAUUAAGAAUUUAAAGAAAAGAAUACUGUCACAAUAACAGCAGAGUUAGAAAUGGAUACCAUGUAAGGCGAUGAAAUUGUUAACAUACUAGAUGACUUAUAAAGAUUCUUUUCUUAAUCAAAUGUUACAAUAUUUGAAGCAAAAUACUAUUGGGAGGCUUAUUCUCAUUUUUUAAGAGGAAUCAAAAAUAUGAUUUAACAAUAAACAAUACUGCCUUUUGAAAGAAUAAUAAUUGAUUGCUAGAAGAGAGUUGACAACCCUGAUUUUAUAAAUUAUAAUACAACAUACUUGAUGAAAAUUGAUAUAAAUUAACCUAAAUUAGGUAAUAAUUUAAUUUUAAUAAGACAAAACUGGAAUACAGUAAAUAAGGGUACUUUUGAUGAUUCUUAGUUUGAAUGUCUUACUAAUAUUUUAACAAAAUAAGUGUCGAUUAUUUAAGGUCCUCCUGGUACUGGCAAGACAUUUGUUGGUAGUAUGGCUGUUAAGGUGUUAGUAGAUAACUAUCACGUUUGGAAUAAAUAAGGAAGACCUAUUUUAAUGAUUUGCAAAACAAAUCAUGCUUUAGAUCAGUUCUUGAAACAUAUUUUAAAAUUUGAAGACAAAAUUGUGAGAAUUGGUGGCAGAUGCUAAGAGUAAAGUUUGCAAAAUUACUUGAUCAAAAAUAUUAAAGACUAAUACAAGCAGAGCAAUAAAAAAUUCCAUACUCCUUCUCUAAGGUUUCUAAGAGAAUAAAUUGAAAUAAUUGAGUAACUCUAUUAAAAAAUUACAUAAAAUGUAGAAGAUUAUGUUUUGUUGGAUGAUGAUUAUGACAUUUACUAAGAUGAUUUUGAUUUUAAUUUGAAAAAUUACAUCAUGGAUUCAUUCUAAAAGUUUGGAAACUUUUAAUUAGAAAGAAAGAAUAUAAAUUAUUACACUUUGUAAGACUUAAUAGUAAAGUUUUGGUGGUAAUGUAAUAUUGAAUCAAGUAAGCUCGAAUAAUUUAAAAUAAUUACAGAUAAUUAAUUAAGAUAAAUUUAAGAAAAAUCAAAAGAUUGGAAUAAAAAAAUGAAAUCUGAAAAAUAAAAAUAUUAACAAAAAAUAAUUAAUGAGAAAAAAAUAGAUGUUUAGUAAUUAGAGUAAUAAAAGCUUUUAGAAGAACAAAGACUUAGAAAUCCUAAUUUAUAAAUGUAGGAUUUAGCAAAUAAAUCUAAUUAAAACCAAUUAGAAGAAGAAGAAGAAUAAAGUGAUGAAGAAGAAAAUUAUUUUGAAAAUAAAAAUGAAUUUAAUGUAGAAGGUAACAUGAAUAUCAAAUUUUUAGAAAAAUAAGCAUAGGAGUCAUACUUAUUAAAAGUUAAAUGCGAUGAAAACGAGCUAGAAAAAUUAAUAUAGCAGAUAAAAACUGGAAAAUUAAAUCUAUUUAAAUUGGACUAUUCUUAAGUUUAUAAUCUUAAAGCUUAUGCUAUACAAUAUUAAUAAGAAUAGACCUUUUAGGAAAUUAAAAAAUCCUUAAAGUUAUAUAGUUAAUAUUAACAACAAUUCAAGGAGGAAUUUAAUCAAGACGAUGCUAGAAUUAUUGUAGAAAGUAAGUGUAAGAUAGUUGGAAUGACUUUGAAUGGUGCUUCAAUAAACUCACAUCUCAUAAAAUAUCUUAGAUCCCCAAUCGUAAUUAUUGAAGAAGCUGGUGAAGUACUUGAGAGUUUAUUGAUACCAGUUUUACAGCCAUCAACUUAACAAUUAAUUUUGAUUGGUGAUCAUCAACAGUUGAAGCCCUCGGUUAACAAUUAUGAAUUAGAGAAAAAAUAUAAUUUUAACACAUCACUUUUAGAAAGGCUUGUUAAAAAUGAAGUUGAGUAUGCACAACUAAAGGUACAAAGGAGAAUGAAUCCUAGCUUUGCAGAUUAUAUUAGAUUAAUAUACUCAGACUACUAAGAUCACUUUGAUCUUAUAAGAUAUUAAAAGAAUGUUGUUGGAAUGCCUUCAAAUAUGUAUUUAAUAUCACACAGAGAAAAUGAAGAAAAUAUAGAAAACUCUACUUCCAAAAGGAAUAUUUAUGAAGCAAACUAUGCUAUUAAAUUGGCUAAAUAUAUUCUUAUGCAAAAAUAAUUCAAACAAUAAGAAAUAACUAUCCUUUCUAUGUAUUUAGGUUAGUCACAAUUGAUUCGCAAAUUAGCCAAAAAAGAAGAUAUUGCUUAGGUUAAGAUUAGUUCAGUUGAUAAUUAUUAAGGAGAAGAAAAUGAAAUCAUAAUUUUAUCGUUAGUAAGAUCAAAUUAAAGUAAAAAGCUUGGUUAUACUAAAACAGAAAAUAGAAUUAAUGUGUCAUUUUCGAGAGCUAAGAGAGGGUUUUAUGUGAUAGGAAAUUUUAAUAUGAUAAGAUAGGUUCAAGAUGCAUAACUUUGGUAAAAAAUCAUAAAUUUAGCUGAGAAAAAAAAACAUUUAGUAGAGACUAUAUAUUUUUAAUGUAGUAAACACAAAGAUGUUAAUAAAGUAACCCAUUAUAAAGAUUUUGAUAGCAUGCCAAAAGGAGGUUGCUAAAAAAAGUGUAACACAAUGAAGUAAUGUGGUCAUGCAUGUUCUUAAUUUUGUCAUCCAGAUGAAUGUGAAAAUUAUAAGUGUAAUAACUCAUGUAUAAGAUUAAUUUAGGAUUGUGGUCAUGCCUGUUAGUAGAAAUGUUUUGAAAAAUGUAAAUGCACUUCUCGUGUUUAUAAAACUUUGCUAUGCGGUCAUCAAAAGCUUUGCUUUUGCGCAAGUGAUAUUAAAAAUGAAAAAUGCGAAACAGAUGUUUAGAUUAUACUUAGAUGUGGCCACUAAAAAUAAGUAAAAUGCUAUGAAGCAAAUUUAAAUACCCAUUAAUGUGAUGAAUUAAUUCAAAUAAGACUUUUGUGUGGUCACUUAAAAGAAGUUAAGUGUUUUUAAAGAAACUAAAGUAACCAUUAAUGUUUAACUUAGAUAGAACAUACAUUACCUUGCUCUCACUAAAUUGUCAUUAAAUGCUGUGAUAAAAAUAAAUAAUAUUAGUGCUAAAAAGAAGUUUCAUUUUUUUGUCCUAAUUGCAACAUAUCUAUUUAAAAAAAAAAGUGCUUUUAAAAUUCAACAAAUGCUAAUUGUACAUUUUUGGUAAAAAAACUCCUCAAAUGCAAUCAUUAUAAAGAAAUUCCUUGUAAUAUGAAACCUGAAGAUGCUAAGUGCGAAUAGGAGGUGUAAAAAUUGUUAAAUUGUGGGCAUUAGAAUCUUUUAAAGUGCUUCUAAGAUCCAAGUAAAGAAAAUAAGUGUUCAGCUUUAGUCUAAAAGUCAUUAAAAUGUAAUCAUUAGUUUAUAAUGUAAUGCUGUGAAAGCCCUGAUAAUUUUAUAUGCUAGGCAAAAACUUAAAAACAAUUAAAGUGUGGCCAUUUUAUAGAAGCUUAAUGCUCAGAGUCUGUUGAAAAUGUUGUCUGCAAAAUCUUAGUUAAUAGGGAAUUAUAAUGUGGGCAUUAUGCAUAAAAUAUACCAUGUAACGAAAUAUAAAAUGGAUCAUAUCAAUGUAAAGAGUAAUCUAGAAAAUAUUUACAAUGUGGGCAUAUAUUGUUAUAUACAUGCUAUCAAAAAGAUAAAGCUCGUUAAUGUGAUAAACUUAUUUAACUAUAAAAAAGCUGUUGUAGCUUAAUAUAUAAUGUGAGUUGUCCAGAUUAUUUAAAAAAGUAGUAUGUGAUCCCUCAAUGCAAUUGUUCUAAGCAAUUUAUAUUUUGUCCCCAUAAUGUGAAUGGUUUUAGGAAAGAAAAUUUAUGCAAUCAAAAAUGUGGGGUUAUUUUAGAGUGUGGUCAUAUGUGUUAAUCAACCUGUGAAUAAUGUGCAUUUGGUCUUCUUCAUAAGCCAUGUAAGUAAGAAGUUGUUAUUGAAUAUAUUUGUGGACACAAAAAAUCUAAGGAGUGUGGCUAAGAUCCUGAAUUUUGUGAAGAGCAGUGUUAAAUAUAAGAAUGCAUUCAUAAAAAAAAAAAAUGUUUAAAAAAAUGUUUAGAAAAGUGUUCACUUUAAAUAACCAAAUCUUCUUGCAAAUAAUGUGAAAAUAAAGAUAUUCAUGAACUAAGCUGUGGACAUAAAUUUUAAAAUUUAGAUGAAAUAUUUUCAUAACAGUUUUAAUAAAAUCCUCUAAGAUUACCUGAGUGCUAAAUCUGUAAAUUACCAAUAAAUGUUUUGAAAUAUAAAAUUAGUUUAAAAGACAUUAAAGUAAAUUAAUACUUUUUUGCUAAAGGAAUAAAAAACAUAAUGAAAAAAAUUAUUGAAGAUUUCAAAAUUUCAGAUGAAGAAAUGAAAAUCUUAUCUAAUGAGUAUAAAGCCUUUGAAAAUUUUUCCAACUUCUUUGAUAAAUUUAGACUGUGUCAUUUAUAUCAGUCGAUAAAAUAUUUAAAAUAAUUUGAAAAAGAUUUUUAAGAUAUAGAAAAUUAGGAUACGAACACACAAAAAAUUUUAAAUACAAUUAAGUUGUAAGUUGAAAUUCUUUAAAAUACAUAUUUAAAGUAAAAUUAGGUAAAGCUAAGCAUUGAUCAUGUUAGAAAAUUUGUUAAUUCGAUCAUUUAUUUAAAAGGAAUGUACAAUUAUUUCUACAAAAAAUUAGAUAUUAAAUUUGAAUAGCUGAAGGAGUUUAGAACUUUUUAGAUGCCAGAAGAACUUAAAUAUAAUAUCGUAGUUUACUAGGUUUUUGAAUAUGAAAAAUUAAUAUAACUUCAUUUGAUCACAAGAAACAUAUGGUGUUAGCCUAUUUUAAUGCCCAUUCUUAUGUCGAUAUGCCCAAAUUAACAUAUUUGCUAGUAAGAGAAUACUAAAUGUUAGCUUUAAAUAUGUGGUCAAAAAACAGAUUUAUAAGAAUUUUAUUACAUCGUAUCCUCCUAAUGA